UGCCCCAGGCUCUCGGCCCCUGAAUACGGAAGUUGAGCGCUCGCCACUUCCUGUUUUAGUCGGCGUGUUUGUGGUGUUAUUCUAAGGCUUUUGUCCCAGAAGACAAUUACCGAUUUAGCACAUCGAGGUCGCCCGAACAUUCGACAGCGGCUAUGGCUCGAAAUGCUGAGAAGGCCAUGACGGCCUUGGCUCGCUUCCGACAAGCUCAGCUGGAGGGAGGAAAAGUCAAGGAGCGUCGACCUUUCCUGGCGUCCGAGUGCAACGAUCUUCCCAAAGCGGAGAAGUGGAGGAGACAGAUCAUCAGUGAGGUUGCCAAAAAAGUGGCUCAGAUUCAAAACGCGGGUCUGGGCGAGUUCAAGAUUCGAGAUCUGAACGACGAGAUCAACAAGCUGCUAAGGGAAAAACGGCACUGGGAAUAUCGCAUUCGAGAGCUGGGAGGCUCGGACUAUAAGCGCUUUGGGCCCAGGAUGCUGGAUCACGAGGGCCGGGCAGUUCCUGGCAAUCGUGGCUACAAAUACUUUGGGGCAGCCAGAGAUCUGCCCGGAGUACGAGAACUCUUUGAGAAAGAACCUGCUCCCGAGCUACGCAAGACUCGCGGUGAGCUGAUGAAGGACGUGGACGCUGAGUACUAUGGCUACCGAGACGAAGACGACGGCGUCCUGGUUCCGAUGGAAAUCCUACACAAGAAGCGAGCCGUGGCCGAGGCGAUACACAAGUGGAGGGUGGAUUGCCAAUGUCUCCCUUCAGGGGACAACAAAGUGCCGGAAGACAACGAGGACGACGAGCCCAGCAUCUAUUGCGUCAACAACCGCCAGCCAGAGGACGACGAGCACGACCAGGAGACUCUGGAGGAAGGCGAGGGGGCCGUGGCCUUCUUCGCACACGUCCCCGUUCCCUCGCAAAAAGAGGUGGAGGAGGCUCUGGUUUGCCGGAAGAAGAUGGAGCUGCUGCAGCGGUAUGCCAGUGAAACUUUGCAGCAGCAAAGUCAGGAAGCCAGAACGUUGCUGGGACUGUGACAUGCGCACCUCCCCCACACUCGCCUGUCUCAUAGCGGUGGUCUUUAUUUGCAGAACGUUCUCAAUUUGAAUGUUUUUUAUUUUUCCCCACAAUAAAAUUUGUUCUUCAGAAAGCGA